AUGAAGAACGACUCUUUCUCUCGCUUCGCCUCCAAGAUCGACGACCUGUUCCGGCAGCUUGCUGCAGAGAUGAUCGAAUUAUCACGACGACCUUGGCGUGAGGUAUCGCAGGAAGAAUUAAAAGAUAUUAAAGCGACUCUGAAGAAUAUCAAAGGGCUGCUGUAUGAUUCGGGCCGCCAGAUCAAGGAAGAUGCUAUCAAACUGCGGCUGAAGGAGCUCCAAGAUUUGGUCGUCGAAGUUGAAGAUUUUGUGGACGAUUAUCAAUACAAGAUGUUCCUACCCCAAGCGGAAUUUCAUAAUAAAAUCAAGCAGCUGUUAAGUUACCUAUAUUCAGAUCCUUCGCCGGGACUUGAUGGAGGGACAAUGCAUUUCCCGGGACUCGACGGAGCGGCAAAGUCGUGUAUAACAGACUCUUCCCCGGGACUUGGCGGAGGGGCAAGGUCUCCAAUAAAUCCUUCUCCGGAACUUAGCGUAGAAGCAAGUCAUUCUUCGGGACAUGACAAUCUUGUUGUCAGGAUUGCAGGGGCGAAACACAAUCUCCUCGCACAACUCCAGAAGUCCCAGAAAUUCGCAAGCCACCUGCUGCUAGUUUCGCAAGAGAAUCAAGAUUCUGAGAAGUUGCAAAGGGUAACAGAGUUUCUUCUUGCAGAGUCAUCGAGUCAGAAAUCAACCAAAGAUUUGAACUACUUUCCGGAGGAUACCAUCCGUGGAAGGAAGCAUUACAAUGCUUUUGAUGUAACUAAACAAAUCUAUGGGAGGAACAGUGACCGGGAGCAUAUCAUUAGCUGGCUACUACUCGGUACGAAUUCCAGAUUUUCUUUAUUUGAGGAUGAACGCAGUAGAAAUAAGUUCUCUGCUAUUUCGAUAGUCGGCGAAGCAGGUGUUGGAAAAACAGUACUAGCUAAGGAAGUAUACAACGAUCCCCUCGUAUGCAAAUACUUCAACUCAAGAGUCUGGCUUCACUUCACUGAGGAAUCUGAUGCUGUAAGCUUAUCAAAAGCAUUUUUUGUCUCUAUAACUGGAAAAUCAUGUGAUGGUAAAGAACCACUUCAUCUUCAAAGUGUUAUGAAGGAAACGCUUAAAGGAAAAAAGCUUUUGCUCGUGCUGGAUGAUCUUCAGGACCUGAAUCCGAGACUGUGGGAAUACUUGCAAGCUCCCUUAGCUGGUGUCAGAAUGGCUAAGUUUAUAAUUACUUCCCGGACUGAGCUAGAAGCUAGCAAAUUAAGUGGAAUCGAAUCUUAUCCAUUGGGUUGCUUGCCUCUAGAUCUGUCAUGGGAUUUAUUCCAGCACUGUGCAUUUCGUGAAGAUCAUUCCAGUCACCCACCUAGACUCGUUCGAAUUGGAAAAUAUAUUGUACAAAAGUGCAGGGGAUUGCCUAUAGCUGUGAAAACUCUUGGAAGCCUUCUUGGUUAUCAAAUGAAUAGACGGAUAUGGAUAGAUGUUUUGGAGAGUGAAUUGUGGAAACUACAAGAAACUGAAAAUGACAUUUCUCCAGCUCUUCAGUUGAGCUACUAUCUAUUGCCCACUUAUUUGAAACCGUGUUUCCUCUACUGUUCUCUGUUUCCUAGGGGAUAUAAGUUUGACAAAUACGAGUUAGUCAGAUUGUGGAUGGCACAAGGUUACAUUCAGCAUGAGGAUGAGGACUAUCAAAGUCUGGAAACUGUUGGUUGUAAUUACUUCCAUGAGUUGCAGAUGUUAACAAUUUUUGACAGAUCAUGGGAUGGGACAUUCACAAUCCAUGACUUGCUAUAUGAUGUAUCGAAGUAUAUGUCAAAUGGAGAAUGCUCUUCCUUGCCAAAUGUGAAGAUGUAUAAGGACUCAGGUAAAAUCUGUCAAUUAUACGUGACAAGUAGCAAGGGGACAAAUGAACUCCAGUCUUCUAAUGCAAUCUUGACAUUGCAGUUAUUAUAUAGAAGUUUAGGUGGUUUCCUACCUAAUGAUAUUUUAACUAUGGCAUUGAUCGAGUCCGUGCAAGGCAUUCGGGCCUUGGAGUUGACAUGUCAUGGAGAUUCUUCGAUAGCUGUAACAAUUCAGGAGAAAUCAUUGGAUAAACUUAAUGCAUCUUCGUUAAGAGAACUACCAAGUGACAUAGGCAAGCUUGUUAACCUACGCUAUCUUGAACUUUCUGAAGCAAACAUUGAAAUGCUGCCGGAAUCUAUUUGUCUGUUGAGAAACCUUCAAUCCUUGAUAGUUGAUUAUUGCAGAAAUCUGAAGAAGCUACCCCACAACAUUGGCAAUCUUUUCAGCCUUUGCCAUCUUGGGCUUUGUGGAACAUCUAUCAAAAUGUUGCCUGAAUCUGUUGAUCGCUUAUCCAAACUGCCAACACUAAAAUUGGACCACUGCAAAAUCCUAAUGGAGUUGCCCAGUUCCAUAGGAAAACUUGUGAACCUUCAACAUGUAACUGUUUGUAUGACAAAAAUCACAAAACUACCUGAGUCCAUCUGUUCGUUGUCCAACCUGCUCACUUUAGAUUUGGCUUACAGCAAUCUUUCAGAAUUACCCAAUGACAUAGGUAACCUCUCCAACUUAAAUUACCUUGCACUUUCAUAUACAAAUAUUUCUAUUCUUCCAGAGCCAUUAUGUCAAUUGACUAGCCUUCGUACAUUGAAGUUGAAUGGUUGCACAAAUCUUUCUCAAUUACCGAGUGGUAUUGGAGCCUUGAAAAGAUUAAGCCACCUGGUAGUUUCUGGCAUAGAUAUCGAACAGUUGCCAGCGUCUGUAUGCCAAUUGUUUAGCCUAGAAGCUCUUGAGAUGGAUGGCUGCAGAAGGUUUUUCAGUUUACCUGAUGACAUUGGAUAUCUUACUGAACUGCGUCAACUUAAGCUCUCGGAUACAGAAAUACAAGAGUUACCUGAAUCAAUAUGUCAGCUAUCUAAGCUGCAAAAUCUGGAGCUGAAUGGUUGCCAAAGGCUCUCCAAGUUACCUGAGAGUAUUGGGGAUCUUUCAGAACUUAGUAAUCUAGAAGUCACAGAGACAAAAAUCAAGGCAUUGCCCGUAUCAUUCUGUCGGCUUUCUAAUCUGAAAGUGCUAAAUCUGAAUGGUAAUUUGGAUCUUCAAGAGUUGCCCGGUGGCAUUGAAAACCUUGCUAAUUUGUCUCAACUUGAACUUUCUGAAGUUGGCAUUGAGGUACUUCCUAGAUGCAUUGGCAGAUUGACUAACCUAGAGAAGUUGAGUUUUGAGCACAAGCAGAAACCAUUUGAGAAUUAUCAGUUAUAAGCUUACUAAAGAAGACACUCUCAACUGUUGUGUUCUUACCACUUGCAGUCUUGGUGCAGCAGUUAAUGGAGCUCCAGUUCAAACUGAAAAGGAGGUUAACUGAGUUAGAUUCACUUACAGCAUAUAUAAGUGAAAAUAAUGCAUAAUGGACACCUUUACGUGUCCAUUGUGUGCCCUUAAUAAGGUUCAUUUUGUAGUUUUGCUACACACGGUUGGCUGGGAAGUGAAAAAUAACUGAUAAAAACAGAAUUCUGCAAAUUACAAUUCUGGUAUGUUUGUUGCAUAUGUAAUGUUUCGUUUUUCUCUAAAUACAAUGUCUUUCAUCUUUUCUCCAA